AUGGCGGCGGCGGCCGAGGGUGUCCCAGAGACCCACCGCGAGGAGCCCGUUCAGGAUGAUGCCGCCGUGGAGACCACUGAGGAGGCAAAGGUGCCCGCUGAGGCUGACAUCACUGAGCUCUGCCGGGACAUGUUCUCCAAGAUGGCAACUUACCUGACUGGGGAACUGACGGCCACCAGUGAAGAGUAUAAGCUUCUGGAAAAUAUGAAUAAACUAACCAGUCUGAAGUAUCUUGAAAUGAAAGAUAUUACUGUAAACAUUAGUAGAAACUUAAAGGACUUAAACCAGAAGUAUGCUGGACUACAGCCUUAUCUGGAUCAGAUCAAUGUAACUGAGGAGCAGGUAGCAGCUCUUGAGCAGGCAGCCUACAAGUUGGAUGCAUAUUCAAAAAAACUGGAAGCCAAAUACAAGAAGCUGGAGAAGCGAUGAAAAACUUAUUCCUGUGGGACAAAGUCUUCUUUAAUGUGGGAAGAAUGUUUUAUAAGACCUGAAUCUUGAGGCUGAUGAAUUGUCAAAACUCCUCAAAAGGCAACUAUGCUGGUCGUCCCAGAAACUUCACAACACUGGAGUAAACUGGAGGACUGCGGCUACUCCUGGAAGAACUUCUUCUGAGGCAGAAUCCCUCAAAAACUCACGCUUAUAACUCCUUACCUUUUACUUGAAUGCUUCAUCAUCCAUUCAGGACAGAGACUCCCUCAAAGUUUGCAUAAACAUGGAUUUGCCAGUAGAAUCAAACAAGCGGGCCUGUUUUCCCUGGUUGCAGUUGAUUACUACAUUAUUUUCUUAAAUGGUUGGUUUUUGAGUUACUGUGUAAAUGGUUGUUUUUUUCUAUUAAGGAUGUAAUGUAUUGCUAACAAGAUUCUAAAUUUAAAAAGGAAAAC